UCUUCUCGUUUUGACCCAUCGACCACAUCGGUCUCCCCAUUCCAUCGUCUUCGGUUUGCGAGUUCGUUCAGAAACGUUUACUUUAGAGAGUGUGAGGAGAGAAAACCGUGACCGCUCAACCGAGCACGGGUGGAGGGAAGGCUUGAUUGGCAGCCAGCAGAACUUACCAAUCAAGUACUACUAAUACAUUUUGACAAUCUGGUUGAAAAUGGCAGCUAACAAGAACAAGAAUCAGAGUUCAUUGGCACUACACAAAGUGAUAAUGGUUGGCAGUGGAGGUGUAGGCAAGUCAGCACUAACAUUGCAGUUCAUGUAUGAUGAGUUUGUGGAAGACUAUGAGCCUACUAAAGCUGACAGUUACAGGAAAAAAGUUGUUCUGGAUGGCGAGGAGGUACAGAUAGAUAUCUUGGACACUGCUGGACAGGAGGAUUAUGCAGCCAUUCGGGAUAAUUACUUCCGCAGUGGGGAGGGUUUUCUCUGCGUCUUUUCAAUAACUGAACAGGAAUCAUUUACAGCUACAGUAGAAUUUAGGGAACAGAUUCUCCGUGUGAAAGCAGAGGAAGAUAAAAUCCCAUUGCUUUUAGUUGGUAACAAGUCGGAUUUAGAAGAUCGAAGGCAAGUGUCUGUCGAAGAAGCAAGGAGCAAAGCAGAAGAGUGGGGUGUUCAGUACGUUGAGACUUCGGCUAAAACACGAGCCAAUGUAGAUAAGGUAUUUUUUGACUUGAUGAGAGAAGUGCGAGCGAAGAAAAUGUCAGAAAACAAGGACAAAAAUGGAAAGAAAAGCAGCCGGAACAAAAAGAGCCUCAGAGAGCGAUGCUGCAUACUGUGAUUAUUUUUUGUGAUCAAUUAGCAGCAAUUUGAACUUGGGCACUUAACAUUCAUUUAGCCACUCAAUUUGUUUAUAAUCAAUCACUUUAUUUUAUGGCAAAACGGUGUUUAUUCAAAGUAUUGAGUGGGUUCAUUGUCAAUACAGUGCUCUUUGGACCGACUUGUAGGAUUUGUAUUUCUUUGCCUUUUGCUACAGGCAUAUUUUAAUCUUUGGGUGAACUGUUCUUAUCAAGCAGUAACAUGCUCCACCUUCCAUGUAGAUCUCUGGAUUCCCUUGUCCAGUUAACUGCUAAUUAUUCAUAACCUCUUCUAAAUCAAUUUGGGAAGUAAUUAAAGGGCAGAUUUCUAAUACAUCAAAAGAAAACUGCAGAUUUAUAAAAGGCAGCAUGCAUAAGCUGUUGUAUUACAGCUUGUGUUCAAAGUUUAAUUUGUCUUUUAAUGUGAAGACCUUGUGUUUAAAAUAGCAUUUGAUAAAGUAGUUUGAACACUCAGAUCCUCUUUUAUAUAGCACCACAUGUGGUCUUGCAGUAUAGCUAAACUCUCAACUUGUGCCAUUCUUGAAUUGAGAGGCAAAUGAUUAAAACCUAGCUUUCUGGCAUAGUGCAACUGUAAGCCGGCUUUGUUAAAGCCUGGAGUAGCUUUAAUAAAGUCCAGAGGUAAAGUUUCCAAGUGUGGUAAUUAUUUUCUGCUGUUCUUUUCAUGAAGUAGAAAUAUUUUUGGAGGUGUUCUCUCCCAUAAACUUAAACCAUAGGUCUAAUUACCUCACUAAAAAAAAAAUCUUGUGUGGUUUAUUUUUAGAUCUAAGUUUUUCACUAGUACAACAACAACCCCAUUCCACAAACAGUUUUGGUAUUUUGGCAUCCAAUAUAAUUAGUAGCUUUGUAGGUGGAGGGACUUCUCAUUGUCUCUAAGAACGUCAUGUUGCAUUUUCUAUCUCUGUGAAUAGUAUUAACAGCGCUCGAAAUUAAGAUCUGCUUCACAGAUCACUAGCACUAAAAAGUGUUCCGAGUCUAUUCACCAGAGCAGCACAUGUGUUAGGUGGGGUAUUAGAUUGUGUGCCUGUCUGUCUUUAUGGUAAAAACAUUGGCAUGAAGAAAAGUUAUUUCUCAGCUAAAUCUGCAAAUGACUGAGCACGUGAAACACAGUAGCAAUCAUAGGUUUAGUGUUCAACCUUUUUUAAAAGUACAUAGUCCUGUAUGGUCUUGUGGUAAAAGAAGAUAAUGGAUAAAGAACAAUUCUUUCAGAUGUUUUUAAGAACACAAAGUUAAUCUGUGAGGAAUAGACCAAUAUCUCGCACUGAUUUUUAACAUGUGUAAAGAAACAAGAUUGGACAGUGUUUGGUUUUUAUGUAAAUCUUGUGAAUGACUUGUAUAAACCUUGGGUUAUUCUGACUUGUGUUUUUAACAACAAUUUCGCGGUGGAAGUGGGUUAUCACUGCAUUAAAACACUAGAUUAUUGGGACAGUACAGCAAUUGAUUCUCCUACAUUUUGCCUUAACACAAAUUGCAUGUAAUUUGAACUUGACCCUUUUUUGUUUUUUGAUUUGUAGAUAACAUGACUGCAUUAAAUCACAAAUUUAAUUAAUGUUUAUGUUGAGAUGAAUAAGUUGGAGUUCCAUGCCAGUAAUAAACUGUGGUAUUGUAUUUGCCAAAAACUAAUAGUUACCCAGACUGUUUACAUUGCUUAACAAAAUGAAUAAUUUCAAGAUGGAAGUUUCUUGAUUGAGACAAACCUAAUGUCAUCAUGAAAAUGUGAAAUAUUUCAAUGAAUUAUGAAUAAAACCAGUAGCAUAACUUGA